GAAUGGCAAGGAAGCAUUCACAAUUGUGCAGCACUGGCAUUGCACGCUAUGGCACAAACCGAUUUCCAUCGAAAUUUUCGCUCUAUUGUUGAAAAGAUAUUCAACAAUUGGCAAAAUCUCCGCUUAGCUGUCGAACAUGGCAUGGGCGGACGAAAUGGCCAGCAGGUCGCCAUACAAAUAAUGGACUACACAUAUGAAUACUGUGUGGGCAACGAGAACAUAACGCAGGGCGAACUGCAGGAGGUGAUAGAAGAGCUGAUGGAUCAGGAAUUCAACACACUUUGCGACGAUCAGUCCAUACCUGAGAUAUGCCGCAACCUGUUGCGUUACAAGCAAAUGGCAGCAGCCUCGCAAUACCCACAGAUUGAACUUGAGCUCAGCAAAUUGCCGCAAGGGAAGGUUUGGUUGCGUCCCGAUGUCAAAAUAACAUACACACCCAUAGACGGUGAUUCAUCGUCUGAUGAGGAUGACGACAUGGAAGAUGAAAAUACCGACGAUCCCAUGAAUGAUGGUGAUAGCGAUGAAGACGAGGCCGCUACAAGUAGUGGACGUGUAACCCGCUCCCAGACACGCAAACAGCAAGCAGAACAGUUUGUGGAGCCAGAGGAAGGUUGGACGACAGUGCGUCGCAAAUGAAGAAAUUAAGAUUAAAAACUAAUUUGUUAGUUGUAA